AUGCCGCCCAAACGUGCUACACGCCGGGCUGGCGCGACUCCUCAAAGACCACAUCAGGAUCCCGAAUUUGAGUCCAUACUCGACCUUGUGCAAGGCCCUGUUUUGCCCAGUGUUCCAGUCCAAGCAUCGUUCAACUAUGGCGCGGCUACUACCACAGCAUUACCUACGCGCAUUUCGAUGCGGCCCAACAUUGGGAUUGAUCAGAUGGCUGGAGCAGUCGAUGCCCGUCUUGAGACUGCUCGGAAGCGAACAGCCGCUACAAAGAAGAAGCAAGGUACCCAAGCACGCCCGUCAAAGCGUGAGCCAACACCCGACGAAACUCAGCUUCAGCAGUCGCUGCAUCAUGCAGCAGACGAACACUCCGAUCAAACUCCUUCGCCUCCUGUUCCACAUUCGGUAUCUACAGACUCUAGUCCUGACGCUCAACCCCCAUUGCAACGUCCGUUGUCGAACUCCCCGCUUUAUCCAUCGCCGCUUCAACGGAUGGGAUCUCCUCGCAUUCAUAGUCCUCUAGGUAGCAGCUCGCCAUUCCGACACAGCUCUGUUGAUAAUGCUUCUGUGGCAUCUUGGAAUCUGGAACGUGAUAUUAACGAAGAUGACCUACAAAGAACGCGACCAAGCAAACAUGGACGCAACAUCACAGCGCCCCCUCGACGAAUUUCUGGCCUGGCUAAUGUCCUCGAGGAGGAUGAAGAAGAUGUCAAGUUUGAAUCGGCAAUAUAUCACGAUUUCGAGCCCGAUGUCCCCAAGGAAAGCUUUUUGCGUCGAUGGCUAGGAGCAGUGCGACCCCGACGUCAGGAGCCCCAGAGUCAGAAUGAAACCCCUAGCGAGGUACGCCGAAAAAGCUGGAUGCAGAAGUUUGAAGCAGCAAUGGAGGGCCCCUACCAAAACUGGAUUCGGGCUGCGUUCUAUUUGCUUUUGUUUCUGAGCUUUAUUUUCAUGCCCCUGAUCGCCGCGAAGCUUCGCGACUAUCUAGAUCACGGUGCUAUGGAUUGGGAUUCCUCUUCGAACAUAAGCAUAUCUAAACCGGAGGUUUUCCAUAGCCUUCGGAGCCAGGUAUCAAAAAUGGACGUUCAGAUGUCAUCCCUGUCGAAUGAGAUCAGUUCUGUUCGAUCAGAACAGUCGCUUUCCAACAUUCAUGAUUCGACGCCCACAGAUGCAAGCCUCCAUCGGAAACCAAUCUACAAGGUAAAUUUCCUUUCGGUGGCGUUGGGGGCAAUGAUUGACCCAGCGAAAACUUCACCGACUUUGGGUCCCAAACAGAGCGCUUCUUUCCGAGCAUUCCUCUGGGCGAGUUCGUUUGUAUCCAGACGAGCCAUUCGAGCACCGCAAUCUCCCAUGUCUGCCCUUACUACGUGGGAAGAGGUAGGCGACUGCUGGUGCAGUGCCCCUCGCAAUGGAACCACCCAACUAUCUGUCCUUCUCGGCCGCGACAUCGUGGCAGAAGAGUUGAUAGUUGAGCACAUUCCCGUGGGCGCUUCUCUCGAGCCAGAGGCGGCACCUCGAACAAUCGAGCUGUGGGCUCGCUUCAAAGUGAAUCUCCACAAAACACCAGUCAAAGCCAAACCAACACCAGAAGCUAGACCUGGCCGUGGCUUCCUGAAAGUCUUCGGGGAUGCCACAGUGUCUCAACCGCCACCGUCAACCCAGGCCCCUUCAUCCCGCGAAACAGGACUUGGGGGAUUCCUGAUCCCUGGAAUCGGUUCACUUCACGGGUUGGUGAUGGAUCUAUUGCGUCGGAGUAACCCCUUCGAGCCCCCAAGCGCUUACUCAGACGACCCAAUUCUCGGCCCCAACUUCUACCGCAUCGGGAAAGUCGAAUACGACCUUCACAGCCCAGACUACGCGCAGGCAUUCAAGCUCAACACCAUCGUUGACGUGUCAACCAUCCGUGUAGACAAGGUUGUCUUCCGAGUGACUUCAAAUUGGGGUGCAAACCACACCUGCAUCUACCGAUUCAAGCUACACGGACACCUCUAG